AUGCCAGAGGAGGAAGAACGAGAGAAGUUAGCCAAAGUCAUCAGACAGUGGAACAACAACAGACUGGACCUGUUUGAAAUAAGCCAACCUGAUGAGAAUCUGGAGUUUCACGGUGUGAUGCGUUUCUACUAUGAGAAUCACGAUGAGGGAAACGUGGCCACAAAGUGCCUGCGUGUUUGCAGCAACUCUUCAACUCAUGAGAUUAUUGAAACUCUCUCGGAGAAAUUCAGGCCUGAUAUGAAAAUGCUGACUUCCAGUUAUUCCCUUUACGAGAUCCACGCCAAGAAGGAACGCAAACUAGAGCAGGACGACAAACCUUUGAUUGUACAAUUAAACUGGAGCUCAGACAACAGAGAAGGACACUUUGUGCUCAAGAAGGACAAGGACAUUUCCCAGGAAAGUUCUCAGGAGAAGGAGAAAGGAGGCAUAAUCCAAAACUUCAAGAGGACACUGUCAAGAAAAGACAAGAAGACGGAGAAGAACAAAGCUAAAGCUGCUGACAAGGUUUCAGGAGAUGAAAAGGGGUCAACUGAAGAACCACUUAACAACCAGGAGGCAAAACACAGCACAGAAAACAAGAAGCGACAGAGGCAGGCUGCAGAUCAGCUUGGAUUACCACUUGGGAUUAAACUCUGUGAUAACUCUGAGGAGGCCUUCCUGUCUGCAGUCAUAAAUUACACCAACAGCUCCACGGUUCAUUUCAAGCUCUCACCUGCAUACAUCCUCUAUGCUGUGGGACGCUUCACCCUGCAGCGCCAUCACAGGCAAGGCUCGCCACGCUCAGGACACACGCACUGUGUCACAUCCAUCACUAGCAAAAUGGUGGCCAUGACACGGAAGGUCAUCCAGAGGCAGCAGACCAUUGCUGGGGCUCUCGCCUUCUGGAUGGCCAACUCCUCUGAGCUGCUGAAUUUCUUCAAGCAUGACAAAGACCUCUGCCCGCUCACACGGCAAAGUCAGCUGGACCUCUCCCACCUGGUGCACAGAGCUCACAGCUGCCUGCUACAGUGUCUACAGAAUGAGUUAACAAAGCAUUUGCCAACUUUUCUGAUCGAUCCUGAGCAACAUGGUACCCUGCCGGCUGGUAUAGAGAUGGUGCUGAACACCUUGAUGAACACCAUGUCUCUGCUGCGCCGCUGUCGGGUCAACCCUGCCCUCACCAUCCAGCUCUUCUCCCAGCUCUUCCAUUUCAUCAGUGCCUGGCUCUUCAACCGGCUCAUGAGCCCAGCGGCCAGCGCUCCAGGCCUGCGCUCCCACUACUGGGGAGCAGCUCUCCGCCAGAGGCUUACCGGCAUCGAGGCCUGGGCGGAGAGGCAGGGCCUGGAGCUGGCCGCUGACUGCCACCUCGGACACAUCAUCCAGGCAACCACACUCCUGACCAUGAAUAAGUACUCAAUGCAAGAGGCGAAGGACAUCCAGAAUACCUGUUUCAAGUUGAACUCCCUGCAGCUGCAGACGCUGCUCGCUGGCUACCUCUAUGCAAACACUGAGCCUCACAUCCCCCCUGAUUUGAUCGAUGCUGUUGUGACGGCCGCCGAGGCCUCGGCAGACAGCCUGAUUGGCAGUGAAGGGCGGGACAUCCAGCUGGAGGAGAGCCUCGACCUCCACCUGCCCUUCUUGCUCCCGGAGGGAGGGUACUCCUGUGACACUGUGAGAGGAAUCCCUCCUGGGUUGAGGGAGUUUUUAGAACCAAUUUGCCGUAAAGGUCUCUGCUCUAUAACAUCCCAGCCGAACCCUAAAGGUGACUGGACCGUGUAUUUCCGUGAAUCGACACCUCCUACAGAGAACACAUACUUGGCAGCACACAGGGAGCCAGAGGUUGUGACCAUCACACUGAAGAAACCUCUCAACAGCGGGAUGGGGGUCAGCAUCGUGGCUGCCAAGGGAGCACAGCAGGGUAACCUUGGGAUUUAUGUCAAAUCUGUUGUUCAGGGAGGACCAGCUGAAAUGGUGAGGAACGUUUCUGAUGCAGCUGAACUUGAGGGCGGCUUAGCAGCUGGAGACCAGCUGCUCAGUGUGGAUGGUCAGAGCCUCAUUGGCCUCAACCAAGAAAGGGCUGCUGCCAUCAUGGUGCAAACCGGCCCUGUUGUGACCUUACAGGUGGCAAAGUUUGGAGCGAGCUUCCACGGCCUGGCGGCUCUGCUGAGUGAACCAGCCCCAAAAAUCACUACAGCUUUCAUUCCUUCACAAGGUGAUACAAUCUUUGCCAAACCAAACGGUGAAGCGCUGGUGCUGUACAGUGCAGUGGAUCCAGGUCGGUCAGAGCAUCAGCCCCACGGAGGCAGCAGGAGGAAGAAAGAGCUGAUGCAGAGGAACAGGCAGCUGUAUCGCUCCAACCCCAACAUGACCACCGACCUUUGCCCGGAGGAUGGAGAUGAACCCGCUGACCUGGUUGUGAGAGGAAACAACAUGGCUGCUGCUUCCACCAUCAACCUCUGCACUGAUACAUUUCACAGGGAAUACUUGACUCUUCCAACCCCUAAAUCACAGGACAGGAACGUAUCUGAUUCCAGUCGACCGCAGCAAACAUUAGUGUCUUUUGGGCCUUUGAGUGGAAGCAGCUGCAGUAAGAAGAUGCACAUGCGUCAGGCACUCUCACAGGAAAACCUUUGUAUGGAGACUGGAGGUCCCCUGCUGGACAAAAGGGGGAAGGACGCAAGUGCCAAACACACCAUGAGCCACUACUCCUCUUUCCCUAUUCGCUCCAGCGUUUCCAGCCAUGACAUCCUCACUGAUUACAGUUCUCCCAUGAAGCAACAGCAGGGCGUUCGCACAAGUGGCGCUGGUGUCUGGAGGGCGCCUUUUUCCCAGCGCCCCACAUCCACGCCCUCAGCUCAGCCCAUACGUAUCGACAUCCCCAUCACCCGAGCAGUGAACACACAGUCAAAUCCUCCACUCACCACCUUCCAGAGUCCGUCUCUGCUGUCGACCAAGAUGAGCCAAACUCCUCAAAUAAACGGACACAGUCAGAGCCCCUACAAUCAAGCCAACCAUAUGUAUGCAUGCCCCAUCUCUGCAGUCAAGAAGCUCCCCCGGCCUUCGCUUUCGUCACAGCAGCACAGGCCCGGCAUAUUCAGGGGUCAAGCCGUAAAACCUCAAGUGAGCAUCCCUCCAACAAAACAUGUUUCCUUCCAAGAACCUCCCACUCAACAGAGGCAGGGCACAGGUGCUGCGAAGCACAGAGGCCCUCAGGAGCUCACCAACCCGUGGAGGAGGGAGACGCAGGAGAAGCUGGAGAAGCAGCACAGGCUUCAGGCGGUUGAGCUCCUGGAGCAGGAGGUUCAGGAGCUCCAGGCCAAGGUGAAGCGCUCGGUGGAGGAGAACGACCGACUCCGUAAACUCAGCCUGGAGUGGCAGUUUCAGAAGAGGCUGCGGGAAAUUCAGCAGAGAGGAGACGAUGAGGAGGACGAAUAUGAGGAUUUGGACAUGAUGGUGGUGAUACAGCAGCUGGAGACGAGGACGCAGAGCAGGAGAAGCUCUGGAGGAAAUAUCAACAGUGAACUGAAAGAGUUAAAUGAGCAGACGACUGGAAAUCACAUUCUCCAAAAAGAAGACAAGGCAAACAUUGAUCAAAGACCAACUGGACAGACUGAAAAUGUGCAUAACAACACAUCAAAAGAGUGA